AUGGGCGGCCGUCCUGUUCAUUCAUUCUUCGCAUUGCGCAGCUUGACCGUGGUUUUUUUCCCAUGCUUCGAGGUGAACAACAAGAUGACCAUUGCGCAGGAAGAGAUCUUUGGGCCCGUACUCUCCAUUAUCCCAUAUUCCUCAGAGGAGGAAGCGAUUCGCAUCGUGAAUGACACAGUCUAUGGCCUGAACAACGCAGUGGGUUCCGCUUCUCCAGAGCGUGCGGCGCAAGUGGCGCGGAAGCUGCGCUCCGGGAUGGUGAUGAUCAACGACACAGGCUUCCUGCCCGACGCUCCCUUCGGGGGCUACAAGCAGAGUGGCAAUGCGCGCGAGUGGGGCACCAUGGGCUUGGAGGAGUACCUGGUGACAAAGACCAUUGCUGGAAAGCCUCCCUCCAAGCUGUAG